AUGUCCGUUGACAGCGAGGACAAUUUGGAAGCUGUUGUGCGUCGGCGUUCCGGACGAGGCGUAGCUGUGAUUUGCGUGCUUCCUCGUCCUCUCCGCCGUCAAAUAAGUCAGACAAUUCUUCUGAACCACCACUUCUAUCCUCCUCCUCCUCUUCCUCCUCCCCUCCUCCUUCUUCCCAUCCUCCUCCUCCUCCUCCUCUCUUUCUCCGGCUCCGGCUCCUCCCCCUACCACACUGCACCAACCACGGCCUCCCUGGUGGCCGUCACUCACACCAACAUCACACACAUCCAUGACACAACAACAGACACCAUUCCUUCAACCUCCGACUCCAGGAGUGAGGACCAGGACAACACCUGCCCUCACUGCGACCGCAUCAUCACCUCACACAUAGGCCUGGUCAGUCACUUGCAGAUCCAUCUCACGGGGACUGGCGAACCAAUGUUUGGAGCACCAACCUAUACCCACCAAGCUCGCCUCCACUGCACACACUGCCAUCGCACUUCCACGCAUGGGCCUAUUCGACCACAUUCACAUCCCCGACGACCUGCGGUAGACAACCGCCGGCCACACCAUAACACCCUCCCUCCCUGCCUCCGCCACCAUCGCCACCAUCGCCACCACCACCACCACCACCACCACCACCACCACCACCACCACCACCACCACCACAACCACCACUACCACCACCACACAUCAACACUCACCCACCGCAUGCACCCAACUGCCACCUUCCACGCAAUUGGGAAGUGUGCAUCUCGAUUCGAUCCCCAAGCGGCUUCGGCUGCACGGGUGACUUGAGUCUUAGACUAUCCCGGCACGUCAAGCGUCGUGGAUAGGUAGGUUGCUGAUUGACGCCCCCAAUCGGUCCACGCAGUUCGUCCCGUUGUGUGUGUGUGUGUGUUGUGUGGAGUGGCGGACUGGUGGGCUGAGGACGGGCUGAAACAGUACCUACCACGGCCCUCACACGCAAUGAGAGACACGCCGUUCAACCCCCGUUGUGCAAAAUCCUGGCGUGUGUGUGUGUAUGGGGGGCCAGGUCGUGGCGCGCGCAGUCAUGGUCAGUCGACCAUGCCAGCCACCGCGCCCAUUUCCCACUCCAGUCGGCUGACCGGCUCGGACAGUGGCUGGAAUGUGGGAAUGGGAAGGGAGAGUGACGUCGACGACUCAGUGCACUUCACUCACUAUAAACAAUCUGACGCGCUUGAAGUUAUCACGGUGCGCCAAAAGCCGUAAAUUUGAAGGUUGCCAACUGACGGGAUAACUUGGACCUCCUCCUGGAUUGGAGGACUGAGAGUCAGGCUGCAAUGGCUCGUUUUUAAUGUGGCCUUUAUGGCACUCCCAGUAUGUGCGAUCCGAGACAGGCACCAGCGGCACGCCUAGGAGCGGCUUCGGCCGUGCCAGCUUCCAAUCUCUGUUGUAAUGGUUGAAAUCCUGGUUAUUUGUUUUGUGAACCGGGGGUGUGGUGGAACGCCAAGGUGAGGAUCCGUCCGAGCCAUCCAUCUGCGGCCUCCCUAGUCUCCGUGCUUCUUGACUCUGUCUUGACACCGGGCUCGGGCGAGGGAGGAGGAGAAAGUGUAGGUAGAUGCAGCGCAAGUCUACCGGCACUAGAAAAUUCUGCGCAAGUCACCGUCCCUGCUCCCACGGCUGCUGCUGUGGGCACACGGUAGACAUCAUCGAAAUCGAUGGUCGAACUAUCAGGUGCGGGACCGUCCGUGUCGCAAACUGUGCCUUCCUCCGCCUCCGGUUCGCUUGACCCUGUCAUGACACCGGGUCCAGGUGGUGAGUGCUAAGAGGGAGUGCGGCAGCUGUUGCGCAAGUCCUCUAGCACUAUUAACUAGUUCACUCGCAAGUCACCGUGCCUGUUGCACCUAGUGUGCAGCCCACGGUGUCGGCAACGACAGUCAAACUAUUGUGUUUAUGUGUAGGGAUGAAUAGGCGAUUUCAAAAUUGACGGUCGAACUCCUUCUGCAAAAAUCUCCUUAAGUCUGUAGUGAUUCAGAUUAUAGAAUUUUCGCAAUAAUAUGCAAAGGGGUCUCUGAAGCGGUCUCGCGACUGUUACAACCCACCAGAGUAGGCAUAGCCCAUCGACCCCAAGCAACAGUUCGACGUCGCCUGAUGCAACCCAUGGACCCAUUGCCACCUGCUGAAACCUAAGCGGUCAUCUACAAAAUAAACUGCAAUGAGGGCGACUGCAACUAUGUGGGCGAAUCCGGGCGGAAAUUGCAAACUCGCCUACAAGAACAUAAAUCGGCCAAUCGGGGGUUAGACCCUAACUAUCAAGUAGCAACACACUUUGGAGAAACAAUGCAUACUUUUGACCUCCAGAGGGCUACCAUCUUAGGCCUAGGCAACACAAAAGCAGAACGGCUAACUCUCGAGGCGUGGUUCUCCGAUGUCCACUUUAUCAACAGGCAUCUGGAACUUCCUGCAGCUUACAAAGUCCUACCUCAUCACAAUCGUGAAAGUCAGGACCAAAUGCGCUACGGAGAUAACCUGACGCCGAGUUUACUCGAUGAGGAAGAACAAGAACCGCAAGACCGACCGCCCGACAGAGGUUCACUCAACCCCCCUCUACGGAGUGAUGGCUCACAAAGCCCACAGGCAAAACGCCCGUCCACCGUGCCCCGAGAGGCUGAGGCAGCGAGAGGAGAGAAAAAUCGACCAGCAUAA